AUGACUAAGUGGUACUGGAUAAUUAUUUGCUGGAUCGUCGCGAAUGAGCUUCUCACCGACAUCCAUGGAUGUGAGAGCGGAGAGGAAUGGGUGGUUAGAGUCAAAGGUGGACCACAGGUUGCGUCUCUCUUAGCCUUGCAAAGUGGAUACAAAUACGUUGGACCAGUUCUAGGGUUCGAGGAUACGUACAUAUGGCUGAGAGAGGGCAGUUGUGGACAAAAAAAGAGGAGCGGAGUUUAUUUGACAAAGGAGCUGUCAAAUUCGAGCACGAAGAUCAUUUGGGCGGAUCAGCAGAGGGCGAUCGAACGACGCAAACGUGAUUACGUGCCAUUAUCUAACCUCGAUUCGGAGAAACCACUGAUAAGGGAGAAGAGGCUCGAGUUGGAUCUGUGUCAGUGGAAUAGCAUUAAGGAGAGCAACGACGCGAGGAAAUUUUGGUUGAACGACGUCAUGCAAUCCGAUGUCAUGUUCAACGACGAACUUUGGAACCAAGAAUGGUACCUGCAAGACAUGAGGUCGGACAAAACUCUUCCAAAGCUGGAUCUGAACGUUGUACCCCUCUAUCGAAUGGGGGUAACUGGUCGAGGCGUGAGAAUCGCUGUUUUGGACGACGGUUUGGAGUACACCCACGACGAUUUGAAAAAUAACUAUGAUGCAAGUAUCAGUUACGACGUGAACGAAAAGGACAACGAUCCUUUACCACGAUACGAUACAAAAGAAGAGAAUAACCACGGGACGAGGUGCGCCGGCGAGAUAGCUAUGGAGGCGAACAACCGGAAAUGCGGCGUGGGCGUUGCUUUCGAGGCUUCAAUCGGCGGGAUCAAGCUUCUCGACGAUUGGGUGACCGAUCGCGUGGAGGGUGAGGCUCUCGGAUAUAAACGGGAAUUGGUGGACAUUUACACGGCCUCUUGGGGGCCGGCGGACGAUGGGAGAAGUUUGGCUGCACCUGGAAGACUGGCCACAAAGGCUCUGGAACGAGGUGUUGCCAUGGGCAGAAAAGGCAAGGGUAGCAUUUAUGUAUGGGCCUCCGGAAAUGGAGGCUCAGCGUCGGACGAUUGCGGAUGCGACGGAUACGUUGGAAGCAUUUAUACCAUUGCUGUGAACUCUGCCAGUCAGACUGGAAGCUCUCCUUGGUACGGCGAAAGCUGUCCGGCGAUUUUGACCACCACGUAUAGCGGUGGCUCUUUUCGGGACCAGAUGAUAGUGUCGACAGACCUAAGAAACACCUGCACGUUGAAGCAUACUGGCACUUCCGCGUCCGCCCCAUUAGCUGCGGGAAUCCUGGCCUUAGCUUUGCAAGUAAACAAAAACAUAACAUGGAGAGACGUACAGCAUCUCAUCGUUUCGACCUCUGAAUACUACCCGUUGAGGAAGAACCCCGGCUGGUUCAGAAAUUCCGCUGGAUUUUUGUUCAACUCACGCUUCGGCUUCGGGCUUAUGAACGCGUACAGGCUGGUCACAGCCAGCUCCAUUUGGACCACCGUGCCCGACAAGACCAUCUGCAAAGUGGACAUCACGAGACUAUGGAACAAGAAGCUGGCUUACGGAAAACCCAGGGCGCUCCGAUUCGACGCGAAGAACCAGUGUCUAUUGGCAGGCAACGAGAUUGCGUUUUUGGAACACGUGGAGAUCAAGGUCAGCAUCAGGUACAGUUUUCGCGGCGCUCUUCAGAUGCACCUCACCGCGCCCUCAGGGUUCACGGUGCAACUACUGAAACCAAGAAAAUGGGACAACUCGACUUCCGGUUUCAAGGAGUGGAAAUUUAUGUCCGUGGCAUCCUGGGGCGAGGAUCCUCGUGGUAUCUGGAUUCUAGACAUCGCCGACAAGACCGGUCCGAAAGGGAACACCGGGACAAUAGAGGCGUUCACGUUGAUUCUACACGGGACCAGGCAUCCGCCGGAGUAUCGCAAGAACCGUCCGCAAAUUUACUACCAGAACUACAACCGUAUUUAAAAAGCUGAGAUACUGCGAUCGAGGA